UUCCAACCAAGCAAACGCAUUUACCCCAUCAUCACUUUUGAACUUCCCAGUUCCCCUGAUCAAAACCCAAAAAAAAAGGAAAGAAAAAACUUCCCAGUUACCACCACCAUCUCCAGAUUCGUUCCCUUCAAACCAGAUCGAUCGGUUUCACUGGCCAAAUAAAUCACUGGAUCUCUUCGUCGAUCAACAUCAAUGGCUCCUCCAGCUCAAUCUCAGCGCUCCCCUUCUCCGUCUCAACCCUCCGGAAAAGGAGAGGUUUCGGAUCUGAAAAUGCAGCUCCGGCAGCUGGCUGGGAGCCGAGCCCCGGGAACUGAUGACUCCAAGAGAGAUCUAUUCAAGAAGGUGAUCUCGUACAUGACGAUCGGGAUCGACGUGUCGUCGCUCUUUAGUGAGAUGGUGAUGUGCUCCGCUACUUCGGAUAUUGUUCUGAAGAAAAUGUGUUAUUUGUAUGUGGGGAAUUACGCGAAGGGCAACCCGGAUAUUGCUCUGCUUACGAUUAAUUUCCUUCAGAAGGACUGUAAGGACGAGGAUCCAAUGAUCCGGGGGCUUGCUUUGAGGAGCUUGUGUUCAUUGCGAGUGGCAAAUUUGGUGGAGUACUUGGUGGGGCCUUUGGGAUUGGGAUUGAAAGAUGGGAAUAGUUACGUGAGGAUGGUGGCGACAAUUGGGGUUUUGAAGUUGUAUCAUAUAUCGGCUGCAACUUGCAUCGAUGCAGAUUUUCCAGCAAUGCUUAAGCAUUUGAUGCUUAAUGACCCAGAUACUCAGGUAGUUGCAAACUGCUUAUCGGCCCUUCAAGAAAUUUGGAGUUUGGAAGCAAGUCAGUCUGAGGAAGCAUCAAGGGAGAGAGAAGCACUGCUUAGCAAGCCAGUAAUAUAUUACUUUUUGAACCGAAUGAAGGAAUUCAGUGAAUGGGCCCAAUGUCUUGUCCUUGAGCUGGUAGCCAAAUAUGUACCCUCAGAUGGCAAUGAGAUAUUUGACAUCAUGAAUCUUCUUGAAGAUAGACUACAACAUGCGAAUGGUGCAGUUGUCUUAGCAACCAUUAAGCUGUUUUUGCAGCUGACAUUGUCUAUGACUGAUGUUCAUCAACAGGUUUAUGAGCGUAUCAAAGCACCUUUGCUUACCUUGGUCAGCUCAGGGAGUCCAGAGCAAUCUUAUGCAGUUCUAAGCCACCUGCAUCUUCUGGUGAUGCGUGCUCCUAUGCUAUUUUCUUCAGACUACAAGCACUUCUAUUGUCAAUACAAUGAGUCAUUUUAUGUGAAGAAAUUGAAACUGGAAAUGUUGACUGCCGUAGCCAAUGAGAACAACACUUAUGAAAUUGGUGAGUGCACCAUCGCAGUCACACACUGCUUCACAGAAAUAGCUGUUGUGGGCAAAUCUGUGUGCCCUGUAACAGAGUUAUGCGAAUAUGCUGCAAACGUCGAUAUUCCUAUUGCGAGAGAGUCAAUUCGGGCUGUUGGGAAGAUAGCUCUGCAGCAGUAUGACGUGAAUGCUAUUGUAGAUAGACUGCUUCAGUUUCUGGAGAUGGAAAAGGACUACGUGACGGCUGAAACACUGGUGCUCGUAAAAGAUCUUCUCAGGAAAUAUCCUCAAUGGAGCCAUGAUUGCAUUGCAGUUGUUGGGAAUAUCAGCAGCAAAAAUGUUCAAGAACCAAAAGCAAAGGCAGCUCUUAUUUGGAUGUUGGGGGAGUAUGCACAAGAGAUGCAGGAUGCUCCUUAUGUUUUGGAAAGUUUAAUUGACAACUGGGAUGAUGAACACUCUGCCGAGGUUCGCUUGCAUCUCCUUACAGCAGUAAUGAAGUGCUUCUUGAGAAGGCCGCCUGAGACUCAGAAAGCCUUGGGAGCUGCUUUGGCUGCCGGUCUUGCUGAUUUUCAUCAGGAUGUGCAUGAUAGGGCCCUAUUCUAUUACAGACUUUUGCAACACAACGUUUCUGUUGCAGAAAAUGUGGUGAACCCUCCAAAGCAAGCUGUUUCUGUCUUUGCUGAUACUCAGAGUAGUGAAAUCAAAGAUCGGAUAUUUGAUGAGUUCAACAGUCUAUCUGUUGUAUAUCAGAAGCCUUCUUACAUGUUUACUGAUAAGGAACACCGAGGUGCAUUUUCUUUUACGGAAGAACUCGGAAAUUUAUCCAUUGGAGUUGAAUCUGCAAGUAAUGUAGUGUCUGCCCAAAUCGUUGAGGCGAGUGACAAUGAUCUACUUCUAAGUACAUCAGAGAAGGAAGAAAGUAGAGGUCCCAGUAGCAAUGGAUCUGCAUAUAGUGCCCCUUCAUAUGGUGCCUCGUCAAAUCAUCCAUUACCAGCCCAUUCUCCGCAAAGUAGCUUGGCGAUAGAUGAUCUCCUUGGUCUAGGAUUGACAAUUUCAGCUAAUCCUGAGCCUUUGCCACCCUCUUUAACGCUAAAUCCAAGAGCUGUUCUAGAUCCAAGCGCUUUUCAGCAAAAAUGGCGCCAACUACCAAUCUCUGUAUCACAGGAAUACACCAUGAAUCCACAAGGAGUGGCAGCAUUGACAACCCCUCAAUCCCUUCUCCGGCACAUGCAAGGACACUCAAUCCACUGCAUUGCCUCAGGAGGUCAAGCCCCAAAUUUCAAGUUCUUCUUCUUUGCACAAAAGGCGGAGGAGUUGUCUACCUUCCUUGUAGAGUGUGUAAUAAACUCGUCAUCAUGUAAAGCUCAACUAAAGAUCAAAGCUGACGAUGAGACUACAUCCCAAGCCUUCUCCGAUUUGUUCCAAUCAGCUUUGUCUACAUUAGGCACACCCUAGUCAUUUGAGCUUGUUAUAGGCUCGGAGGUUUUGAUUUAAUACCCUUGUGUACGGAAGAAAUAAUACGAGAGAGAGAGAGAGAGAGAGAGAGAGAGAGAGAGAGAGAGAGAGAGAGAUUUUAGUGUACAUUAUCAGUGAAGGUAACUGUUAUGGUUCGUGCUCGCAAGAUUGCUUGAUAGCUGACCACUUGUAUUUGCCUCUUCUAUUACAUUUUUUGUUCUGAUUGUGGAUAACCUUUAUUCACUCAGGUUUGGAACUUGUAACAUUUGUGCAAGUUAUCUGUGAAAGUUAUCGAUUAUAAGAAUUCUGAAGGCUUUGCUUGCCCCAA